AUGGCAAAUAUAACAUCGAUAAAAACAAGCGCGGGUGGCUCGAUUCCAGUAGCAACUCAAUUAUGGAUGUACAAAUGUCCUACUUGUGAUAGGGAUAUUGUUUCUUAUACUUUUACUCCAAGUACAAACAACUGGGUUAUGAAUACAACGAACAAUGCAACAAUUUAUGGUAAUGCAAUGCUCGAGCCUCCUGAAAUCAACUGCGCCGAGCAUGAUCAACAGGUUCAACUUCGGUCAUUAACUUUUAAUUUUUAA